AUGGCUGCCUCGCCGGAGCCCUCGGAGCCCAGGCAGCAGAAGACCUUUAAGCUCCUAGGCAUUUUAGAUGUCGAGAACAUCCCCUGUGCACGGGGCUCAGUGUUAUAUGGCUCAUUAGGAUCCGUUGUGGCUGGCCUCGGACAUUUUUUGUUAACUAGUAGAAUUCGAAGAUCAUGCGAUGUUGGAGUAGGAGGAUUUAUUGUCGUGACUUUAGGAUACUGGCUCCAUUGUAGGUAUAAUUAUGCAAAGCAAAGAAUCCAGGAAAGAAUCACCAGAGAAGGAAUUAAAAAUAAGAUUUUAUAUGAAAGUACCCACCUUGAUCCUGAAAGAAAACAAGCCAAGAGCUGA